ACAUAGAAUUUCAUAUUGAGACUGGGCUGCCCAUCUCUCGAUGUUAACGGUUUUCUCGUUAUCUGGUUUUGUCUCACUUUGAAAAAGCAAAGAGCAGAAACUAUGACCAAAACCAACUUUACUGUUGAUUCCAUCUUUUCUCCAUGUCCCCCUCUGUUAUAUAUAUGAGCCUGACAUUCCCUGUCUGUUUCAUUCUUCCAUUUUCUUCUUGUUUCUUGCACUUUUCUGAUCCCUUCUCAUCUCAUCAUCAUCAUCAUCUGCAGAUUGUUCUAUUGUUUUAUAAUCCAUCUCAUCAUCCAAUCAAAGUUCUUAAUGGAGAGUGUUGAAUUCAAGGUGGAGAUGGUGGGCAUACAUGAGAAAAGACUCAGGAAAUCUCUGUCAAAAUUGAAAGGAAUAGAGAAAGUGGAGGUGGAUGCUAAUAGCCAGAAGGUGGUGGUAACAGGAUAUGCACAUAGGAACAAAAUACUUAAAGCCAUAAGAAGAGGAGGUCUCAAAGCUGAUUUCUGGUCUGCACAAAAUGAGCUUCUCAAUGUAUAUUCCUGCACUGCAAGCUAUGGAAGCUUGAGAUUCAACAACUCCAAUUUCUUCUAAGACCUUUUAUUUAUUUUUUUACCCCUUCAUGUGGGAUGAUAUACCAAGGUUGUGCUUUGUGUUUUCACUUUUUUUUUUUCUUGGGGGGAUUCCUAAUUCUGUUUCUCCUUUUACUUUUUCAAAGGAACUGUCUCAUGAUGAUACAUGCAUAGAAAUUAGAUUAAGAGUGAGAUGGAAGAGUCCUAAAUUUUGCAGAUUUCCUUUAGUUUCUUUCUUUUCCUUUUCUGUUGUAACAUCUGCUUUGCUUAAUUAGCUUGCCCAAUAGAGAGAGACAGUUUGAAUGAAGAUCAAAUCUUUUGUUU